UGUAGUCAGCCAGCUUGUUCUCAAAUACGCCUGGACGAUAUAGAUCUGCGCUUCCUCAAGUGUCAUGACUCUCUGAUCCUGAGUAAGGUUUGGGGUGCCGGUCGGUUACUUCGGUCAGGGGAUGCCCGUACCCCGCACGGAAUUACGGCAUCGACGACCACAAUCGAGCUCGCCGCUAUAAUCACCAAAGGGAACACCUUUAUUCGUUCCCUACGUCUACUACGUAUCUACAUGUAUACAUUUGAAGGUCAUAGCAGACAGUAGCCGUACUUGGAACACAUUAGUUACUAAAUUAUUGAAGAUCUAGCAGGAGCUCCUCGCCACCAAAGAUGGCACCCACCGAACCCUUCAGCUCGGUCUCGGCCUCGAUCUCCUCGAUCUUUACCAUCAUUCCACCGCGACACAUCGCCCUGCUCGUACUCGCCUACGGAGCCUUCAUCGUGCUCAACAGGUAUAUCAUCCAGCCUUAUACGUCCCCUAUUAAGAAUCUAGCCGGACCUCGGAGGACGGACGAUUGGAACCCCUGGGUAGGGCAUUUGAGACCUAUCAUCAAGGGUCUGCCAGGGGAGGCUGUUGCGAAAUGGAUCGAACAGUUUGGGACCGUCUUCCGUUAUGAUGGCAUCUUUGGUGCUCCUCGUAUCAUGGUAGCCGACCCCGUAGCCAUCCAGUACAUUCUCAACCACACCGAGAUCUUCCAGAAAGACGAUAUGACACGCCGAUUCCUCCGUCGGAUCUUGGGUGAAGGUCUAUUGAACGUCGAGGGUGCGGAUCAUCGAAGGCAGAGAAAGGUCAUGAACCCUGCGUUUGGGCCCCAGUUGAUCAGGGAUCAUCAUCUCCCCAUCUUUUACGACAAGGCUUACCAGCUCCGCGACGUCCUCCAAGAAAAACUCUCCACCUCCCUCCCCGAUGCCACCACUUCGGACAAGCGUCAGGGACGACGGAUCGAGAUCUCACGCCUAUUAGGAAAGACCACCUUAGAUGUAAUCGGCCUCGCUGGAUUUGGGUACGAAUUCGAUUCGCUACACGAUCCUGAGAACGAGUUGGCGUUGGCUCUGGAGUUGAUGUUGUCCGCUGGUCAGAACCCCUCGCCGCUACAUAUCUUGCAAGAAAUCUUGCCUGGUGGGCAGUACCUCCCUUCUAAACGGAUCGCUACCCAGAAAGCCAGCCUCGAGACGACCCACCGGAUCGGCAAGGCCUUGGUAGAGGAAAAGAAGGCUGCCGUCAGGGCUGGGGAGGCUAGUAUCGAAAAGGGCAAGGGCAAGGAUUUGUUGUCCAUGGUCGUACGAGCGAACAUGGACCCCGAUCUCAAGGAGAGUCAACGGAUGUCCGAUGCCGAAGUCAUCGCUACGAUCCAGACUUUCGUGCUGGCUGGGGCCGAGACCUCGAGUACGGCUUUGACCUGGGCUUCUUGGGUGUUGGCCUGUCGACAUGACGUUCAAGACAAGCUCCGCGAGGAGUGUGAGGCUGUACCUGAGGAACAACCUUCCAUGAACGACCUCGACGGCCUGCCUUACCUGGACGCAUUUGUACACGAGGUCUUGCGGAUCUACUCGCCGGUCCCUCAGACUCGACGGGAUGCGAUCUCGGAUACAGUCGUACCUUUGGGACACCCUAUGAAGGGUCGGGACGGCAAGAUGAUUGAGAGUAUUGUCGUACCCAAGAACACGCCAUGCAUGCUCGCCGUGCUAAACGUUAACACCUCGAAGGAAAUCUGGGGUCCCGAUGCAGCCGAGUUCAAGCCUGAAAGAUGGAUGAACAAGGACCAAAACCCAGCCUCGGAAUCAAUCCCCGGUGUAUGGGGCAGUCAAAUGACGUUCAUCGGUGGACCACGAGCUUGCAUUGGCUUCCGCUUCUCCCUUAUCGAAGUCAAGGCGCUCCUCUUCAUGUUGAUCCGUAACUUUGCGUUUGCUGAAGCGGUCCCCACCGAAAGCGUCAUCCGCAAGACCUCGAUCGUCACUCGCCCGUUCAUCAAGGGGGAGGAAGCAGCCGGCUAUCAAAUGCCGGUGCUAUUGCGUUCGUUGGCAUGAGGCUCACGAUGCCUGAACCAGGAAGAACAGACACGUAGCGU